AUGGGGAAAAGAGAUAUUGUGCAUAUAUCGAAAGAUGAAUUAGAGAAAGUACGUGAUAUAGGAUUCGUGAAAUGGUUUAAAGAAUGUGUUAAUGAUGUGCCUUUAGAGCCACCUUUUUUGUUGGGUGCAUCUACAGAGGAAGUAGAUAAUGUGACAUCUACUGACAAUUCUCAAGGAUCCACAUCCAUUGAUUCAGGUGCAAGUGGAGAUGGUACAUCCUCAAGGUCAAGGCGGAAGCUUUUGAAUUCUGAUGAAGAUGAUAAUUUCCUAAGGAAACAAGGGAAGAACCUUGGUGAUUAUCGGCCUGACAUUGUUUUAGAGGUUCUCAAAGAACUCUUCGAUAGUCCGCUUAACGAUAACAAUAGGGUAAGAGCUAUUUAUGUGAAAACUGACGAUGGACUUCUCUUUCAAGUCGAACCACACGUUCGUAUUCCUAGAACACACGACCGCUUUUAUGGCAUCAUGCUGGAGCUGUUGGAAAUAAAACGUGUACGAGUCCCAGAGACAAAUGAAGUGAUUAUUCAACAACUUGACGAGCCUUUGACACAGUAUUUAUCUUCCAACUCUCGUAUAGUUGGAUCAUACACUUGCUAUGGCUCGGAAAUGUAUAAUGUUUUUGCUGCUGAACAAGGCAAGCCGUGGUUUGUUGUUGCAGUUUCUAAUUAUCCAAUGAGUGCGGCAUACAGUACAAAAUUGGUCUGCAUAGCACUGGCAAACAAGUGGGAGCUCCACUAG